AAAGAAAAAUAUUAAUUUUGUAUAAACAGAUUAAGAAAAGGAGAAAGUAUCUUGAAGAAAAAAAAAGAUCGAUGGUGCUCUAAAACUAGUACUCAGUGUUCUGUCUAAUAAUAGCAGUUUUCUAAAUUUUAAAGUUAGACUAAGGAACAGACCCAACGAAACUGGUGAUCACAAAAUUAAUUAAAAAUGUAAAUUUCGAAGAACAGGUAUAAAACAUUUUUUUGAACACUGUGAUGAAUCAUAGAAAAAUAUAUGGCUGAGGAUCAAUGAGAAGAAGCAAUAUCUGAAUGAAAAUCCUGUUUCUGGAAGCAUGGAUCGACAGAGGAACGUCUAAGUGCAUUAAUUAUUUAAAAGAGAAGCUUCUAGACUACUAGCUCUCGUAAAGUAGGUGAGCAAGUACAGCUUUCCUUUUCAAAUGCAUUAAAUCCUAAUCAAACGCCAAGUAUUUAUCUUUCACAAAAUACUUGGUCUGUUUUAAAACUAAAUCAAAUAAUAAAUCAAGCUCUUUCUAGAUCUUUAUAUAAAGUACAUAGAAGGAUGAAAUAAUAAAAAUAAAAUAAAAUAGAAAUUAAUCAAAGAUACAAUCUUUGACAGAUUUCAUGCGUUUCUGCGAAAUUCUAUGCACGAUCACGAUACUUUCGACGAUGGGGUACGUGAGAAUCGUCGCGGGCACACUGCCCGCGUUAAUAAAGAAUUACUUAACAGCUGAAAGUUUCACGUGUCAUUACUAUUCUUCUCAUACACGCGUUUAUUCUACGAACCACGUGUACUUGGUCGCUAGCUUUUCUUCGACCGAUUUCUACGCGACCAUGGAUCGGACACAAUUCGACAGUAUCGAAAGACAGCUCGACCAAGAAGGUCCUUCUGAUGAUCUAUAAUUAGGAAAACGUGGUGAUAAUAAUUUGUUAGUAAAAGCAUUUGUUGCAUUUAUAAAAAAUAGGAAAUGCAGAUGCAAUGAAUUUUUUGGAAACUUAUAAAAAAGUUAAAAUUUAUCGAACAGAAUGAUUGAUCGCAAAUAUAAUAUUCCAGGAGAUCUAUAAAGAAAAUUCUAGAAACGGAAGAUGGGUAUCGAAAGCGUUCUAACGGGUGGCUUGACCUCAGCAUCGAGUGGACUUUCAUGGUUCUUUCCGGUGUUGGCAGCAGCGCUCGUUUACUUUCAAUACGAAGUGAUGGAUAAUGAGGGUCCACCGAUCAACGUUCCUUCCGAAGUACUAUUGCCAUCGUACGAUUUUAUCGUAGUAGGAGCUGGCUCUGCAGGAGCCGUAGUAGCCAGCCGCUUGUCCGAGAUAGAAAACUGGAACGUGCUUCUUCUCGAAGCUGGAGGCGACGAAACAGAGAUCUCUGAUGUUCCUCUUCUCGCCGGUUAUCUGCAGUUAAGUCAACUAGACUGGCAAUAUAAGACCGAACCAGACAGUGGAUUUUGCUUAGCAAUGGAACACGGCCGCUGCAACUGGCCACGCGGGAAGGUCCUCGGUGGUAGCAGCGUCCUCAACUACAUGCUGUACCUGCGGGGUAACAAAAAGGACUACGACAUCUGGGAACAGCAAGGGAAUCCAGGUUGGGGCUCCAGAGAUGCGCUCUACUACUUCAAAAAAUCCGAAGACAACCAGAAUCCUUAUUUAGCUCGCACACCGUACCACGCGACAGGUGGUUAUCUAACUGUCCAAGAAGCACCUUGGCACACCCCUCUGGCUGCGGUGUUCGUUCAAGCUGGUCAAGAAAUGGGCUACGAGAACCGUGACAUAAACGGCGAACAGCAGACCGGCUUCAUGAUCGCCCAAGGUACGAUCAGAAGAGGAAGCCGAUGUUCCACUGCCAAGGCCUUCCUUCGACCAGCCAGAUUGCGCAAGAACCUGCACAUAGCGAUGCACGCGCACGUGACCAAGGUCCUGAUUGACCCGAAAUCAAAGAGGACUUACGGCGUUGAAUUCGCCAGGGACGAGAAGAUCUUCCGCAUCCGGGCUAAAAAGGAAGUGAUUCUAUCGGGAGGAGCAGUGAACUCUCCUCAGCUGUUGAUGCUGUCAGGAAUAGGACCCAGGGAACAUCUGCUGCAACAGGGGAUCCCAGUGAUCCAGGACCUCAGGGUCGGUCACAACUUGCAGGACCACGUUGGUCUAGGUGGUCUGGCGUUCAUGGUGAAUCAGCAGAUUUCUGUAGUGGAGAAGAGAUUGCACAAUGUGCAAGCAGUGAUGCAGUACGCCGUUUUUGGCGAUGGUCCUCUGACCGUGCUAGGAGGUGUCGAAGGUCUGGCCUUUGUUAACACCAAGUACGUGAACGCCUCCGAUGAUUUCCCGGACAUCGAGCUGCAUUUCAUAUCAGGGUCGACGAACUCUGACGGAGGUAGACAAAUCAGAAAAGUUCACGGGCUUACCAAGAGGUUCUAUGAUGCUGUUUUUGGGACCAUCAACGACAGGGACGUGUGGAGCGUGAUACCUAUGUUGUUGAGGCCGAAAAGCAAGGGUGUCAUCAAGCUGCGUAGCAAGAAUCCCUUCGAUCAUCCACUUAUCUAUCCAAACUACUUUAAAGAACCUGAAGACGUGGCCACGCUAGUGGAGGGGGUUAAAAUAGGCGUCGCUUUAAGUAGAACUGCAGCAUUCAGACGUUUUGGCAGUGAGCUAAAUUCGAAACAAUUCCCUGGUUGCCAGCAUAUACCCAUGUACAGUGAUCCUUACUGGGAAUGCAUGAUCAGACAAUACUCUGCGACUAUUUAUCAUCCAGUAGGCACGUGUAAAAUGGGUCCUUAUUGGGAUCCAGAGGCUGUGGUGGAUCCUCAACUUCGUGUCUAUGGUGUCAGUGGACUGAGAGUGAUCGAUGCGUCCAUUAUGCCAAAUCUCGUCAGUGGAAAUACAAAUGCACCGGUAAUCAUGAUCGGCGAGAAGGGAUCUGAUUUGAUCAAAGAAUUCUGGUUGAAUGCUUUGUCUUACGGACCAGAACUAAGUUUCUUGAUCAUACUACGAGUUCUUAUAGGUCUGUACAGACCUGAUGUGAUCGAUCGCGAUAACCGAGUAAGACCAGUUCCCUUAACGAAAAUUAAAAGCAAUUACGAUUUCGUGAUAAUUGGGGCUGGUUCUGCUGGUUCGGUAUUGGCAAAUCGUUUGACGGAAAAUCAAAAUUGGUCGGUGCUUUUACUCGAGGCUGGCGUGGACGAACCAGACCUAUCGGAUGUGCCUGUCGUGUUUCCGGCUCUGCAGAUCACCCCGUUGGAUUGGCAAUAUCAAACUGAACCUUCGGAUAAUUAUUGCAAGGCGAUGAAUAAUAAUAGGUGCAACUGGCCACGAGGCAAGGUGUUAGGUGGAUCCAGUACGUUGAACGCGAUGCUGUAUAUUCGUGGUAACAGAAGAGAUUAUGACAAUUGGGAAAGCAUGGGUAAUCCAGGAUGGGAUUACGAGAGCGUGUUGCCUUACUUUAUGAAGUCCGAAGACAUAAAGAUCAAGGAGUUUCAGAACUCCGCUUAUCAUAGUAGAGGUGGACCGUUGACAGUGGAAAAUCAUAGGUAUACCACGCCUAUCACCCGUUAUUUGGUGCAGGCAGGAACUGAGAUGGGAUACGAUAUCGCGGAUUUGAAUGCAGGCAAGCAAAGUGGAUUUACCUUAUCUUAUGCCACACUGAGGGAUGGAUUAAGAUGCAGCACCGCGAAGGCUUUCCUUCGACCAACCUCGAAGAGAAAGAAUCUAGAUAUCAGCGUUCGUUCAAUGGCAGAGAAGAUUUUGAUACGAGAUGAUGGAAAAUCUAAAACUGCUUAUGCUGUACAAUUUCGAGUCGGAAAAAUGCUUCGAACGGUAUCAGUAAAUCGUGAAGUGAUCGUAUCAAGUGGUUCGAUCAAUUCACCUCAACUAUUAUUGCUGUCUGGAAUUGGUCCAGAGGAUCAUUUAAAGGAAAUGGGAAUUCCUGUGGUUCAUCACUUGCCAGGUGUAGGUGACAAUCUCCAGGAUCACGUGGCGAUAGGUGGAUUAAAUUAUCAGGUUACUAAGCCGCAUAACGACACUACAACCGACAAUUUCAGCUUUAAUAGUCGGACAUCCAUCAACUUCAAAUCGCUCAAAGAUUUUGCUAUUAAUCAUAAAGGAGUACUCUACUCGACACCCAUGGCCGAAGGUACGGCUUUCAUCAAAACCAAAUUUGCGAACCAAUCAGAUGAUUAUCCUGAUAUACAAUUAUUACUAUCUUCUGCUGCUGACAAUACAGACGGUGGACUAAAUGGAAAGAGGGAUAGCAAUCUUCGGGACAGUUUCUACUGGAAAAUGUUCGAAAAUAUUUUAUAUCUGGACUCGUAUAUGAUUAUUCCGUUGUUACUGAGACCUCGAAGCAGCGGAUACAUCAAGCUACGUUCGAGUAAUCCAUAUGAUUACCCCAUAAUCGUUCCAAAUUAUUUCGACGACCCUCACGAUCUCGAAGUUUUGGCUGAAGGAGCUCAAUUCGUACACGAUAUGAUCGAGACGCCAACAAUGAAACUUUUAAAGACUCGACCAAAUCCGAAUAGAGUUCCUGGAUGUGAAAAAUAUAAAUACCCAUCGAGCGAAUAUUGGCAGUGUUUCGCACGAUAUUACACGCUCACGAUUUAUCACCCUGUGGGAACGUGUAAAAUGGGACCUUCCAGUGAUCCUACGGCAGUAGUGGACCCCAGAUUAAAGGUUCACGGUAUUUCUGGACUACGAGUGAUCGAUGCUUCGAUCAUGCCCAACAUCGUUUCUGGGAACACGAAUUCACCGACGAUCAUGAUCGCCGAAAAGGCUGCUGAUAUGAUUAAAGAAGACUGGAAAGUUCGAAAAAAUGAUUCCUGAAUUGAACAGCAAAGUUCAACAAAAUUUUUGUACUUUUGUCUUUAUUAUCGCACGAUAGUCGAUCAAACAUAAACAAGACUGUUUGUAAAAAUUUAAAAGCAUUACCAAAUAAACUCGAAAUUAUUGUUUUA